AUGAAGAGAGUACCGGGUUCCGUUCUUCCGCAAACACCACCACCACCAUCACCACCACCAUAUCAAACUGGAAUAGGGUUAGGAACCAUCGUUACCAUCUACCUAACCUGCAUUAUCAAUGGGUUCGACGUAAGUAACGUUGCCAACAUCCAACCACAGCUUUAUGAAGCUUUUGGCCAUAUCGAGUUUCUCCCUUGGAUUGGACUUUCUUACUCUCUUGCAAACUUUGCCACACUGGCGUUUGCUCGUAAGAUCAUCGAUUUCUUCAAUAUCCGUUACGUGUACAUCGUCAGCAUCGUCGUCUUUUUCGUUGGUGCGACUCUAGCGGGCGUAGCGAACAACAUCUCCACGGUCAUCGCUGGCCGAGCGAUCAUGGGGAUUGGAGGUUCUAUUUGUCAAAACUGUGCGAUAUCAUACUUUGCCAUGUAUGCAACGGAUAGUCAAAGCCCUCUUCUAUACGGCAUAAUGAGCGGGUUAUGGGCCAUUGGCCUUGUGGUAGGAGGCCCGGUAGGUAGCGCGUUUGCGGAGGGCUCGACCACGUCUUGGAGGUGGGCUUUCUUCAUCAAUUUACCCUUCUUGGGUCUUGCCAUCAUCUGCGCUCUGAUCUUUGUACCAAGCAGACCGGCUUCUGAUGGUCUUCCUCUGCGAGAUCACCUUGCUGAUACUGACAUCCUUGGGAUUGUCCUCCAAAUUACUACAACUAUCUUAUUCGCUAUCGCCGCCACCUUUUCUGGUCCUGUAUGGGAAUGGAACUCGGCCCCCUGUAUCGCCAUCUGGGCUCUCUUCGCCGUCGUUCUCGCUGCCUGGGGUUUUCAGCAACUUAGAAGCUACCAGAGUCGACCUGGCUAUCAAGUGAUCCCUAUCACAGUCAUGACACAGCGUCACAUGCUACCUCUCUGGGUAGCUUCAGGCUGCGCUGGUGCCACAUACGCCAUCAUGCUUUACUACAUGCCGCUCUUUUAUGCUUUCUCGAAGGGGCUGGGCGCGCUACAGCAAACAGUGCGGCUCUUGCCUUUCAUCCUCACCUUCAUCCUCACCGUGGUCAUCAUCGCUGCUUCUUUACCGAGACUGAAGCAGUACGGUGUAAUCUACCUCGCUGGCGGUGCCAUCACACUCUCAUCGGCAACAGCCCUUGCGACUACGAUCGCGCCAGGCGUCCCUGAAAGCAAGGUCAUGGGCCUCACAGCUCUCGUGGCCGUGGGACUUGGCCUACACUUCCAACACAGCAAUGCCAUCUCCAACAGGAUCAACAAAGAUCUUCGAGAUCGGGUUGAAUGCGCUGCGCUCUUGAACAUGAGCCUCAUGGGAGGUAUAUCCAUGGCACUGAUCAUUGCAGGCGCUAUCUACGAAAAUCGCGGCAUGUCCUUGUUAAAGUCUGCGCUCGGGUCCGUAGACCGUCCUGAAGCAGACCUUCGCGAGGCGCUGGCAGGAGUUUCGCGUGGUACUUUGGGAGGGGGUGAGGCCCAAUUGAUGACUUAUGGUGCGAAAGCGACGUGUAAAGCCAUUUCGCUCCUGCUCUAUAUUGUCUCCUCCAGCGGCGCUCUUUUGCUUCGCGUGUGGAGCACUUGCUGUAUUUGA